GGACUGCGGCAGUGCAGGGGCGAGGUGUCAGCCGGGUCUCGUGCUCGUGCGCUGAGAGGGAGAGGGGCAGGGGGAGGGGACAGCAGCAGGGCGCCAGUUCAGAGCGAUCGGAGGUGCAGAAGGGAGCGAUCGAUCGCGUUGCGUAGGAAGGAAAGGAGCAAUGCGUAUGAAUGAAUGAAUGACUGAACGCGCAAUCGAUUGGUGGGUAGGGCGACCGAGGGAUUUGACAUCGAUUGCCUAGAGGAGGAAGAAUCGAGCGCAGGAGGAGGAGGAGGAGGCAGUGAUGUUACUUUGUUGUUUGAUCGCUACGCGAUCCGGGACUGUUCUUCUAGAGCGGUAUCACGGAUUACCUCCGGAUGAGCGAUUGCAAUGGCGGUCGUUUUUGCUCAAGCUUACCGCAGACAACCUGAAAAAUGCCCGCGACGAUGAGCAGUUUGUGGCGUCGCAUAAGGCCGUGUUUGUUGUGUAUGCGGCCCUCGGAGACAUUUGCAUUUUCACCGUAGGGAAGGAUGAGUACGACGAGCUGGCGCUCGUGGAGGUGUUGACUGCUGUCACGUCGUCUAUCAGGGAUGUCUGCAAGAGAGCUCCCAGUGAGCGCGUGUUCUUGGAAAAAUAUGGGAAGGUUUGUCUUUGCCUCGAUGAGAUUGUGGUACAGGGCAGGCUUGAGCAGACGGAUAAAGACCGAGUCAGGAGGCUUACCAGAUUGAAACCUCUUGCUGAAGGAUGAGCGUUGGUAUUCUUCCUUUUCACCGAGAAUCCGAAUUCGAGGGCGUCGGGAGAUCCAAUUGAAUAAUUUGUCCUGCUAAGCUUCCCUGGCUGCUGCUUGUAGAAGGACGAGAAGCCACAAAACAGUUGGUUGUUGGUGAUUCACGUCACGUGCAUCUUCGCUGGAAGUAAAGCUUCUGGCUUAUUUUUCUGCUGCUGCUUAUUCGGCUGUCUCAAGGAUGAGCUGUGGAAGAGAAAAAGGUCAUCACUAAUUCCAUGUCUGCACUCGGCCUUUGGAAGACACACGACGGGCUAUAUUCGGUUUUCUGCCAAAGUUGGCCUUUCGAUUUACUAUGUUUUGUAGCAAGUUCGGAUCACUUGACGAAUUGGGCCUUGUAGAUUGUACCUAACAUUCCUAAAAAGUAGCAAUAUCAUGAACUCAAAAUUGCGUUGUAGGCGUAAUUGUACAUCCACGCAACAGCAUUGCAGCUCAGCACAUGCUCGUCAUCUUCUCUUAUUACUAAUUGCCCUCGAUUUAGCGAAGAUCAUCGGACGUGCAAUGCAUGCUAUGUGGGCUUUGAAUUUGUAGAUUGUGCUGGAUGCAACCGGUAACAAUGAAAACAAAAACAUUUCUUUUUC